ACACAGUGAAAUGUAACCUGACACGCUCCUCGACAUGUGCAAAAAUGGGGAGAGGAAGAACAUUAUAUAUAUAGUAUAUAUAUUAGGUGACUGUGCAGUAGUAGCAGCCAGUAGGUGAAUUCUGUACUACAGAAUAAAGCUACAGGGACAUCAGCACCACCUAUGCGGCCCAGGUGCACGUCGACGUCCCCGCCCUGCUGCCGGACACCGCUCUGGGAGUUCGUAUCCAUCAGGCUCCUGCCUCGUUUCAUGGACCGAUGCUAGAGCGACCAACGCGUGCUGCGUGCUGGGUUCAUUAUCUCACCUGUUGUUAUGAUACGAGGUUCUCUGCUCUGUGCAGGCGGUCGGUUCUUCGGUUUGUUCUCUGUGACACAGAUUCAGCUCCAUGUAUUUCACAGAUGACACAGUAUGAGGUUACUCAGCAGUAAGAGUUCAACUGUAUGUUUAUGUUUAUGCGAGGACGUCUUACUGAGUCUGAAAGGGAACCGAACAACCGAUUUAUUGACUAACUGAUUGAUUGGCAGACGGUUGUUGUCAUGGCAGCAGGGGCAGUGUCGGCUCCGCUCAUCAUUCCCAUCAUCCACCUGCAGACUCAUCGAGCCAAGAACCACAUCGACACGAGCACACCUGUGUCCAUUCAGUCAGAUUCUGCAGGUGUUCUGAUCUUUUACACUCUGGAUGGUUCAAAGCCGGGGGCGGGGCAUCACGGAGCAGCAGGCAGCAGCAGGAAGUACAGCGAGCCCAUCCUGCUGCCUGCAGGCCGGGUGACAGUCCGAGCGGUGGCUGUCACCAGCGACGGCAGAGAGAGCUCCAUAGUGACGAAGGUUUUCUCUGUGCAUCGUUUGGACGACUCCCUGCAGCCACCGCCUGAAGGAACAUCCUUUCUUGCUGAGGCCUCAGAGCUCCACACUUCCUGUUUCCUGUGUCCAGAGCCGAGGAUGAUGGGAAAUCACUCCCUCCAGUCAGGCCCUCGUUUUCUGAACGGUCGUCAUGGCUCUGAGAUCGGCGCCCAGCUCGCCUCAUCUCAGCGCUCCCAGCCUGCGGUUUUUAGGGAGUCAGGUGACCCGAGGCAGCUGAAGAGCACGGAGACGACACGAGCGCAGCGAGACUCCGACUUCCUGUGGUGUGCUCGCUGUCGGCAUCGCCGCCCCUCCGACCCGUUCGCUCAGUUCUGCGCUCAGUGUGGAGCGGCGCUUCCUCUGCUGCCUGGUCACAGGCUGCCACCUGCUGAGGGAGGACAGGUACUGCAUGGUCAUGUGAUGUGUGUCUGCUGUGGAAGUGGGAACCCGGCUGACGCCUUCAGCUGUCUGACCUGCGAGAGCCGCUUGCAGCAGGUGGGCGGAGUCAGGAGCUCUGUGCCCUCUGACCCCGGAGCGCACACCAGGAUGUUGUCCUGCACCAGAUGUAAACGUUUAAACCGGAGCGACGCGAGAUUCUGCGACUGGUGCGGCUCCAAGCCCGCCCACGCUGCCCGCUGUGUGACGUGUCGGCGCUGUGGAGCAAGUGCACACCCGUACGCUUCCUACUGCACCGCCUGCGGCAUCUUCCUGGAAGCACCGGUCCCACUCGGAUCCUGCGGUGACAUCACACGAUCGGUCAAGGGCGCCGCCAAACUAACGGUGGGAGUGCAGACUGCCUGUGGCGCCACCUGGCGGGCCACUGCCUCUUUGCGCCCUCCGCGAAGUGUGAAGAUCGCCACACCCACUGUGGAUCAGUGCACACAGACUGUAGGACUCUAUUACCCAUCAGGCACUGAGCUGCAGAGGAAGGAGCAGCACAGAGCGCUACAGCUCCUCAGGAAGCAGGUGCAGAGCGACCGCCACCCACCGCUCACCGCCAUCAGCCCGGGACGAGGUUACUGGAGGAAGCAGCUGGAUCACGUAUGCGCCCACCUGAGGAGCUAUGCCCAGAACAACGCCCCCUUCAGGGCGCUGCUGGGAGAGCCUCGUCUGGGCCGGAUGGUCUCUGCGGUGAUUCAGGAGGAUCGCCACGAGGUCAGUCUGACCGUCAGCUUUGCAGCAGCCGAGCUUAAAGAGAAACAGGUGGGUGCUGACGAUGACGGCAUGGGCUCUCCAGGUGGAGGAUUUGAGCUCGCCAGCUGGACCAAGACUCUGAGCAGCGUUGCAGAGCGAACAGCGUGGACAGGAAGUGACCAGCUCUCGGCUCCACCCUCCAAACCUUACCUGAUGCCCAAACCGCCGGUGAAGGACGUUCAGCUGCUGAUGGAGCUGGGUCCGGGUCGAGGUGAGGUCGGCGUCAUCCAGCAGCUCCUGGACCAGGGUGCGGACCCUUCCUGCUGCCGGAGCGAUGGCCUACACGCCUUGGCAGUUGCCGUGGUAAAUGGUCACCGUGACGUCCUACCUGUUUUGGUGCAGCGAGGUGCCGAUGUCGACCAACAGUCUGGACGGAUGAAGAACACUGCUCUGCAUGAAGCUGCAGCACUGGGGUCUGCAGGUGUGCCGUGUGCUGAGGUCCUGCUCAGCUGUAAGGCCAACGUGAGGCGGAGGAACGCUGCGGGUCAGACGGCGUAUGAUGUGGCGGCGAGCUCGGGCUGCGGCAGCAUGGCGUCUCUGCUGGCGGCUCAGACUGGACUGGACUUACUGGGCAAACUGGGAAUCAUGAACUGAAGAUGAAGCUGAUUUUCUUCUGAUUGGUCUGAAUGUGAAAAACAAGUGACAUCACUUCCUGUCAGCGCAGACGUGCAGAUUACAGAUUUUUGACCCUUUCAGUGCGGCUGACCGGAUCUCUGAGGAUCUGUUGAUGGUUCUGAUGCAGGAACGGUUCUGUGAUCGUUUUCCUCUCAGCGCAUCCUUCGAUAGAAAUCCUAACGCUAACAGGCUAACAGGUUUUGGCGCUUAUAUCUGGCUCCGCCUUACCUGAUUUCCUUCCUACCUAUCAGACAGCUUUACUGUUAGGACUGACAGCUUCACCUCUAACGUCGCCCCCUGACCUGCGGGGUUCCACAGGGUUCAGUUUUGGGUCCAUUAUUAUUUUCUUUCUUCAUGCUUCCAUUCGCUGCAUUAUUCAGUCAUUUAUCAUUUCUAUGCCGAUGACAUUCAGCUGCAUGUGUCAGCCUGCUCAGCUGAUUCGCUGUCCACCCUAGUCCAGUGCUUAACUCAGGUUUCUGAUUGGCUUUCUAACAGCUGCCUUGUUUUAAACACAAACAGACCGAGACAACGAUCGUGACUCAUCCUGGACUACAGUCUGAAGUCAGUCAGGUUCAAAUAUCUGAUUCUUCUCUGGGCUCGACUCGCAUGUAAAAUCUGUCUCCUGUUUCUUUCAUUUAAGGAACAUUUCUAAACUUCUUCUCAGCUGAUCUGAAAAAGUGUUCGUGCGUUUGUGUCAUUGUUUAGAUGAUUGUAACGUCCUGUUACCAGCUUGGACAGAUCUUCUCUUUCUUGCCUCCAAGCUGUACAAAGUGUAGCGGCUGUUUCAGUUUAAACAAGCCUUCUGUUGAUCGACGCCAUUUUUUAUUUACAUUUAACCUUUUAUAUUGUUUAUAUUGUCUGUUUUAUUACUGACGUUCUGUUUGUCUUAACCUUCGCGUACAGCGCUGUGUGACUGUCUAUGAAAAGCGCUUCAUAAAUAAACUUUACUUACUUAGG